GAUGUGAGGGAAUCUCUCUGUGCUCUGAGGGCCUGUUAAUAUCAGGAGCCACUACUAUUACUGCAGUCUGCAUGGAGGAAGACCAUUUACCCAUUGUGCAGCUUCUACCUGAGACAUGGCGGGGUUGUCAGCCAUCAUUUUACUGCUUCACCUGUCAGUUCUGCUGUGGGGGUGUUUGGGAGACGAUGCAGCCAGCGUCCCACAUCUCAGACGCCAGAAGAGAGACUGGGUUGUCCCAACAAAGAUGCUUAAAGAAAAUUAUACUUACAAUACAAGGGAGCCUAUUGCCAGGAUCAGGUCAGACUGGGAUACAGAGCAGACCCUGCACUACACUCUGCUGGGUCCCGGGGCCAGUAAAGAACCAGUGAACCUGUUUGUUGUGGUUGAGGACACUGGACUUGUGUAUGUCCGAGGAACACUGGACCGAGAGGAGAGGGAAACCUACAUUCUGACAGGAGUGGCCAGAUUUAAUAACGGCACUGUGGCUGAAGACAGAAUAGACCUGAGAUUUGAUGUGGAGGAUGAGAAUGAUAAUCCACCUGUUUUUGUCCCUGUACCUCCAGCUACAGUUAAAGAGGCCAGUCCAGCAGGGACUCUGGUUGGUAGGAUUACAGCUACAGAUGCAGACAAGGCCAACUGUUCGCAUUCAAAGAUCGCCUACAGCCUUGUGAAGCAGGAGCCCUCUGAUGGCCGAAACGUCUUCUACAUAGACAGAGAAACUGGAUCCAUCUACGUCAAAGAAAACACCUUAGACAGAGAGACGCAAAGCUCCUACACUUUAACAGUUGAAGGAACUGAUCUGGACGGCGCUCCUGGAGGCAACACAGGCACUGGGACAAUUCAUGUCAAAGUAGUGGACAUCAAUGAUAAUGUACCCGAGCUGGAAAAAGAUGAGUAUGCAGGCAGCAUCGUGGAGAACACAGCCCAUGUGGAGGUCAUGAGAUUCAAAGUGCUGGAUGAUGAUGAGGAGAAAACUGACAACUGGCUGGCUGUUUUUGAUAUUGUCACUGGAAAUGAAGAUGGAAUAUUCAGCAUAGAGACUGAUCCCAAAACCAACGAAGGUGUUCUGAUGCUUGAAAAGGUAAAUCUGUCUGUAUCACAGCACCCUAGCAUCCUUAAAGCAGUAUUGACCUGNGGAGGAGGAGGUGGCGGAGCAGGAGGGGGAGGAGGAGGAGGUGUGGGAACUAAUGCAGGGGUAUCCAUUGACAUGGCAACUGGGGCAGGAGCAGGGACUGGGGCAGGAGCAGGGACUGGGGCAGGAGCUGGUAGCUCAGUUACAAACCAGUCCAAUAAAAAGAGGCCAAUCAAAGGCAAACUUUACCCAGUGAACAUUGCAGUGGUGAAUGAACCUGAGGGAGUCGCAUUUAAACCCCGAGUAAAGCCUGUCUCUGUUUCGGAGAACCCAGAGGAAAAUCCAUUAAUGGAAGUGAUCACUGUCUUCGCAGCUACUGACAGUGACACCGGAAAGCCUGCAGAAAAUGUUCAAUAUGCUAAAGGCUAUGAUCCUGACAACUGGCUAUUGAUUGACCCAGAAACAGCAGAGAUUAGACUUCAAAAGUUCCCAGACAGAGAGUCCCCAUUCUUGGUUAAUGGAACUUACUACGCUAAAAUACUGAGUCUGACUCAGGAUGCGCCCACUAAGAUCGUCACUGGAACAAUAGCAUUGCAGGUGGGAGAUGUAAAUGACAACUGCCCCACACUAACCAACCACGUGGAGUACAUCUGCUCAGACACUGAGGUGAUUAAUGUUACGGCAGUGGAUGAAGAUGGAGAUCCAAAUUCAGCCCCUUUCACCUUCCUCCUUGUGGAAGAGGAGAGCCAGGAAGAGUGGAGGGUUGAACCUUUAAAUGGUACCAGUGCAUCCCUCAGGGCUUUGAAACUUCUUUGGGCUGGUCACUACCAGGUCGCCUUCAUCAUCCAGGACCAGCAGGGCCUCGCCUGCACAGACCCUCAGUACCUGGACCUACAUGUGUGCUCCUGUGAGAAAGGAGAGACCUGCAGACCAGCAGGUAUAGAUGCUCGAUGGUCUCUCAAGGAAUCCUCAUCUACAUUUGGAGGACUGGGAGUGGGGGCACUGAUCCUGGGACUUCUGAUGCUGCUUGUCGUAGGUUUAUUACUAAUGACCUGCUCAUGUAGAGGAGUGUCGGGGAGCUUCUCUGAACUUCCUUUUGAAACCCGAGAACACUUGAUGGUCUAUCAUACGGAGGGCCGAGGCGAGAACAAGGAGAUCCCUCUGCUUAGCUCUCCAGUCCAGAUGACAUCUGCUGCUGUAUCUAAUGUACGGGCCAGCAGAGUGGCUUCCAACACCAAAGCAAACACAGCAACUUCCUUUGGGACUCUUGAGAUGGGCAUUGCCAACAAAAUGUACAAGUCUGGGUACGGUGCUGAUCGAUGGAUGUGGGAGAGCAGCUUUGGAGAGUCCAGAGGGAGCCAGAGAGAGACAUACUCAAUGAAGGAACAACUGUUAGAGUAUGACAGCAUGGAUGACAUUGCCCUCUCUGAUGUGUUUCUGCAUCAGUACUACUCUCAGAAAGCAAGCUGUGCAGCAGAGAAGCAAGCAGCAAGAGAUUGUGUGCUUGAGUAUGAGUAUGAGGGCCAGGGCUCUCCUGCUGGCUCAGUGGGCUGCUGCAGCAUCCUGGAGUCUGACGACGACCUGCACUUUCUCGAUGACCUCGAGCUAAAGUUCAAGAAGCUGGCUGACAUCUGUUCUCCUCCUCGACCUCCGACACCUCAAAGUUUUGUCACUCCAGAGGUGGAUAAAGUUGACCACAUUGCUGCGCCCUCAUUGGAGAGUAAACCACCCAGCAUCCAUGGCAAGAUCCAAGAGCAAACCCAAAAUGUCAGCAGCAUCAGCAAGUCAUCCACUGGUGUCAUGGGCUUAAGCAGAAAAUCCUCCAGCAGCAUGCAUGGGAUAAAUACCACCAGUGUCACAGGCUUUAAUAGAUCAGCUUCCGGGAGCAUGCAUGGGCAAUUUUCACACUGUACCAGCAGCAUGCCCCAUUUACCCCAUAUUGGUCCUGUUACCACCAUGCUGCCCUCUGCGGCUCAGAUGCUUGUACUACAGCAGCAGCCAGUCUGCUACACCACCACCCCUAUGAUGCAGCCAAUGCAUUACAUAGUCCAACCACAACUUCAGAGCACAGUGCUUCUGGCUGAUGGGCCUGUCAGCAACCUGCAGGGCAUGAUUCUGCACAGGGGAAACACUGCUGGGACUUUCAGUAUUGGUAGAGGAAGAGGCAACAAAGUGAUGGAGGACAAACAGGGAGUAAAGACAUGGACAUUUUCUCAUGGCCCAGGAGUAGUGAUGGGUGUCAGGAAGAGUGGUCGAAAGAUCAAGUCAGAGAGUGGAGAGGCAGCUGAGACAUGUCAGUGUAGUACAGGGACGCGGAUAAGUCGACCCAUCAGUUUGGGAGCAGUAGAGUUUGAAGAGGAACAGCUAGUGUUCACACAGGAAGGAGACGAGAGAAGAAUGUCGACAGCAUCAGCAGAGGCAGUUUUCAUGUAUGAGAAUUAACCCCAGCACCACCAGACAAAAUACCCUCACAUGUAAAAAUCAAAAUUUUCAUUUAUCUAACUUUUUUCCCGACACAGGAACAGUCAGCCAUGUAGUCGUGAUAGUUUUCAGCCAUGUUUGCACUGUGGCUGUAGGGAUGCCACAGUUGGGCCACUUUGAUCUAGACUCAUUUGUCUCAUUUGAUGGAGUGUUGUGAAAUUUUAUACAGACACUGAUGGCACACAGAGGAUACAUCCUCUUGACUCUGGUGAUUCUUUGAUGGGAUGGGAAGGUAUAUCCAUAUCUAUGAGAGGGACUGCCAAAAAAUGGGGUUCAUGUUCCCCUUAGAAUGAACUGUGAUAUCAUGUAGCACCAUCAUCAGGUCGUCAUUUGAACUGGACCAGUACUUUGGUUUAUUGCCACACUACUAACAGCCUCAGCGGUACUUUGUACUUAGUGCUAAUAAGCAAAUGAGAUCAUACCAACAUGCCAAACUAAGAUGAUAAAACGAUAAAAAUUACAAAUGAAAAAAAUGAAAUAAUUGAAUAAAUAAAUUCUCUGCCCCGACCCGGCACGGUGGUAUGGUGGUUAGCAUUGUCACCUCACAGCAAGAGGGUUUGAACCACAGCAAGAGGGUUCCUGGUUCGAUCCCAGGAGGGAGCCCUCCUGUGCGGAGUUUGCAUUUUCUCCCCGUGUCAGCGUGGGUUUUCUCCGGGUACUCCAGCUUCCUCCCACAGUCCAAAGACAUGCAGAUUGGGGAUAGGUUAACUGGUGACUCUAAAUUGUCCGAAGGUGUGAAUGUGAGUGUGAAUGGUCGUCUGUCUCUAUGUGUUAGCCCUGCGAUAAUCUGGCGACCUGUCCAGGGUGUAGCCUGCCUCUCGCCAAAGGUCAGCUGGGAUAGGCUCCACCCUCCAUAAGCAAUCACUGCAAAUUUGUAUGUAGUAGUGCCAUUUAAUUUAUUUGAAUUGCAGAUUAACAGCCCAGAAAAAUUCAUAUAGAUCCAUCCAUCCAUUUUCAUCUGCUUAUCCGGGGCUGGGUCACGGGGGCAGCAGGCCAAGCAAAGCACCCCAGACAUCCCUCUCCCCGGCAACACUUUCCAGCUCCUCCUGGGGGACCCCAAGGCGUUCAGGACAGAAAUUCAUAUAGAAUAUUUUUUUAAUGCAAAGUUGGUUUUCAUUAUAUUACAUUCAAUGUAUAAUCAAUCAGAUUUUUAGAUCCUAUACAGGCACCCGAAACAGAGAAAAUAACCUCUGUGUAAAUGUGUUUUCUUUGUGGUUUAUUUCUUUCUUUUGUAAUUGUAUGUAUAUGUUCAUAUGUUAUGUACAUGUAAGUCCAAGAAUAGACAAGACGCACACUACUAUAAUAAUGUAUCAUUAGGUUAUUAAAGCGUCCAACAACAAAGAUCUCGUUAUGCACUUCAGACAACAGGAUUUUAAUCUGAAAUCUGACUUAACUACUGAACAAGGAGCAUGACCUUAACAAACUCUUUUAAUGCUUCAUUAAUUACUGUAGUUGUUUGUUAUUGAUAUCAAAAGUCAUUUUUAAAUUGAAGUUUAAAAAGGUUUUGUUCAGUUACAAGUCAGUUCAGUAGCUCACCCUCUCAACCUGUUUCACAGUUUGGAGAUGUACUUGUUUGUGGUGGAGGGGAUUAAGCAUGAAAGGGUUAUCCUCAGAUUUCCAACCAUCUGGUGCCAGUUUAUUUUUCUUAACAGUCGAUGGCAGUAGAACGCUGCUGUUGUUUAUCAUGGAUGUGGUGCAGCAGAGUAAUAAACUCAAACUCAGACAGACUAGAUGACAGCAGGAUAAAGCUUUUCACCUUGUCAACUGUCAUGUGAUACUGACAUGCUGAAAUAGUGACACUGAUUAGCAUAAGUUAAUGCAUUCAAUGAUAUGGAGGACACACUGGAGACAUUUUGCUCUUUAAAGGCUCAUUGUUAACAGUCACGUUAGCACUCAGGGUCUGGUGGAGGGAAAAUACUAAUAAUAACACAUAAUAACACAUACAGUAUGUAUUAGGUUGUUGUAGGUGGUAGGUUUGUGUAUUUCAACAUUAAAAUACAUGUUGCAUAAAAAGGAGCAUUUUAUGAAAUACAAUUUAUGAAGCUGUGCUGUUAUUUCUAAAGCUCAUUCAGUAUAGUUAAGUUGAUUGUCAUUUUUUAGGCUGUGAUCUGUGGUGCUGUUGUGAAAUAUUCAGUUUCAGUCAUUUCCGAUAAGGGUUUUGUUGUAAUUAGCGUCUCCUUUUGCUAAUGAACUCUUUCUGUGCUUGGUUCAAACUUGUCUCUUUGCCGUGACAGCUAUUUGGGCAGCAGCUCUGGCCUUUUGCCUCCGACCUGUUGCCUCAUGUUGUCUUGAAAACUCAUUUUAAACUCUUUUGACAGGCAAAACCAUAUUAAACAGAUUAACUGCUCAAUCAUUUUCUAUUGAAUGACUUGUACAGAUGCCUUUUUUAUGGCCUUUUUACGCCCAAAAUGGCAAUAA